AUGUCGGCUACCACUCUCAAUGAUGACUGGGUUCAGUGCCAAUCGGCAAAUGCUCUGGAAAAUGAUGUUUUGACAUGGACUACAUCUCUUUCAAGAACCCGAGUGUCCACCGCAGAUGGCCUCGGCUUUAGUGAAAACGUGGAUACCGAUGCUAUGAACAGCCUCGAAAGCCUGCUUCGUACGGUACAACAGCUGAAGCUAAAAAAGUUUCGCACCGAGGGGCUGGAGGAUGCUCGGUUUGUAGCUGCUGGGGAGACCUUUUCCGUCUCACAAUGCAAGUAUGAAGGGGCCGUAGUCGCCAUUAAGCGCAUCCGACUGAAGGAAGAAGGGAAGGGAUCUGAACAUCAACAUUUCCAGCGGCGCUUACAUUCGGUUCUCCGUGAGAUCUUGAUUAUGUGCCAUCCACCACUCGCCCAUCAUCCCAACAUCUUAAGUCUUUUAGGAUAUGGAUGGUCCGUGGAAAAACAACGGCUCUCGCCCUUUAUUUCACUUGAGUUUGCCACUGGUGGCUCAGUAAGGGAGUUUAUGAAAGAACGCCCACGGUCGAUUCGAACCAAACUGAUCCUCAUGGGGGAUAUAGGAGCAGGACUCAUAGCGCUGCAUAAAUGUGGGAUUGUGCAUGGUGACUUGAAAGCUGAUAAUGUGGUGGUUUCUGUUACACUGGAUCGUCCGUCCAUGUCGAUUGCGAAAGUGUCUGACUUUGGGCAUUCCAUUCUCGAGAGCUCGGCACCAGAAAAGAGAACACGAUACUUUGGGACAGCCCUAUACAAUGCGCCAGAAGUGGCUGAUCAGAAGAAUCAGCCGAUUCCGGUUGAGCAACUUCAUAAAUGCGAUAUGUGGGCAUUCGGCCUCUGUGUGUGGGAAAUAUUAGCAGAUGGGCAAGUCUAUUUCAAACGCAGCUGGCGGGAAGAUCCUGCUUACCGACGCCCUCCCUCAUACACAAUGUCGACACCUUCGUCUGCGAACUUCAAGCCCCAUGAUGAAGUCUUCGCCGCUAAAGAUGAUCAAAAUGACUUUGGCGCCUUCGACCUUUAUCAUCUGAAGGGCCUUGCGGUUGAAUAUCUGACCAACAUGAAGAUUCCAGGUAUUGGGUUCGAGAAAGGAUUCCUGAAGCCCCUGCUGAACGGCACACUACAAACCGAUCCCUCCAAACGAAUAUCAGAUCUAAGUCGGAUGCCAAUAAUUGGAUUUUGGAAUAGCGUUCCAGGCGGGCAUUCUCUUCAAUCAAGUCUAGCGACCUACACUUUAUCUGGAGACAUCCGAUAUGCAAUCUUCAGCAGGGAUGGAGGUCCUUAUAUCAUCUGGGAGCAGCAGCAACAGCUGCUGCAGGAUUUCGAAACAGUGGCCCAACAGUCUGAGACCCCGAAAAACAACGGAUCUACUGCGUUCCAGACGAUGCUAUGCUACGUGAAUGCUUUUGGAACAUCAAAAGAUUUGACCAAGGCUGCACAUUUUCUCGAUAAGGCCAACGAGUCGGGGCACUUGCUGGCCCGUACUUUGGGUGUUCGAAUAUCCGAUGGAUUCUCCGAGAGUACUGUUGGUUGCCACAAAACCUAUAGCGAGUCUUUGGCCUCAGGCUUUCGUGUUCUGGGACGGAGUGAACAGUCCUCCACAAUCUCUGUGCAGAAUGGCGAAUCGGUCACCAAAUUCACAGAUUACCUCGCCAUGCGAGAUGCUUUUGUUAACGGAGGCACUCUUGUGGGCGUAGACCAGGAUGAUAUUACGACCAUCUCACUCUCCUUGAACCCAUCUUCUGAGCGUUACAGCCUCCUAGAAAUUGCCAUACAGCAGGGUGAUAUUGAAUUGGUCAACCUUCUACUCCCCAUUUUUGGCGAGAAAUUAAAAGAGAUGAAUACGAGGGAAUGUUUACUGGUGCAAGCAGCCCAUUACGGUCAUGGGGCCAUUGUGAAACGAUUACUACAGGAAGGAGUGCCUGUUGCUCGCGAUGCCUCAGACGCAUGUCUUCUGCAUUGGCUGUUCUGCCUCGACGAGGCUAGUUUGUUUGAAGUGCUAGAGCAGCUUCGCAAUGCAGACCGUCGUGAUGACCUCAAGCUGGCACUGAACAGUGCUAUCAUCCAGAAAACCACACUUCACCCUCAGUGGCCAUUCCAAAUAUAUGGUGUUCCACUAGCUACUGCAGUAGCCUCGGGCAGCAUUAGUUCUGUGAAAAGUUUGCUGGAAUUGAAGGCCGACCCGACAGCGGCUGCCUUUGCUGAUGAUGAUGGGAAUUCAGUUUCAACACUGACCCCCAUUCACCUUGCUAUACGAUACCACUUCCCAGAAAUGGUCAAGUUGAUGUGGCAUGCAGCGUUUAGGGAGAGAAAGAUUACUACCAGUAGAUUAUACCUCACUCCUUCUUUAGGUCGGUUUCCCGUUGCCUGUGCCUUGAGCUUGAUGACCAAUGCCGAGCGGCUCGCAAUACAUGGUAGCAGCUUCAGACAGAAACUUCGAGAAACGAUUGAACUGCUACCAAUGGAGGCGUUGACUCAGUCAUCUCCCGAGGGUAGAAGUGCCAUCACGCAGGCAAUUGAUCUCGAUGAUGUCGAUGCCGUGGAUAUUAUCUUGGAGUACUAUCCUGAACUUGCGGCCCAAAGGCUCAGCCAACCAGGAACAAAUGAAAUGUUUACAUACCCGCUGCAUUUUGCCGUUCAAAUGUGUUCAAUUCGCGACAGCAAUGAGUCGGUCCAGAUCUUGGAGUCCUUUCUCAGCCUCGACCCAACGGCAAUCAACAGACCAGACAGUUCCUCGGUUCGGCCAAUACAUGCUGCAGCUAAGGGUACAUCGGCUCGCAUAAUAAAUUUCCUUCUUGGUCGUGGCUCUACCUGCCACGACACGGAUGGUAGAGGGCAGACUCCCCUAUUCUUCUGUCGCAGUGCAGGUAUUGUCAAGGCCCUGCUUUUGCAUGGUGCCGAUAUCAACCAUAAGGACGACCUGGGCUUUACUCCUGUCCAUGCAGCCACAAGCCAAAGUACAGACGAAGUCCUGCACGCGCUUAUUGAAGGUGGAGCCAAUUUGAGGUUCAGUGAUAAUGGAAUUGGAGCCCCGCUGCAUUGUGCCGUUCGGAGAAAGUCCAUUUCGAUGACAGAGAUACUUUUGAAGGCGGGCGUCGAAGUCAACGCAAAAGAUAGUCAUGGUCGCACCCCACUUCUCGUAGCAAUGGACACGGGUCGUUCGGAUUUGGUCUCCAUGUUGUUUGAGAAUGGAGCUGACCCUUUUAUUGAGGACGAACAUGGCUCAUCGCCCUUCCAUAUGGCUCUCUCCUGGCCCAGUGCUAUCAUUCUGAACAAGUUCCAAAUUCACACGGUGCUAGCCACACUGCCCUGGGAGACCAAGGUGAAAGCGUUACAUUUUGCGGCUCAAAGUGGCGAGCCCGCGGCAUUGAAGCUUUACUUGCACAAGGCCUUCGGACCGGGUCUCAGUACUGAUGAUCCCUGUCAUGUGUACUCUCAAGAGACCAGGAUCGCUGUUCACAAAGCGGCAUCGGUUUGUCGAGCAGACCUUGUUGAAGUGUUGCUGGCGUAUGGGUUUCGAGUGGACGCUUUGGACGCCAGGGGCAAUACGCCGCUCCUGAUAGGGUGUCAAUUAGGUCGAGAGCAGCCAAGUUUUAAUUCAUAUGCUCGCACACAAAUCUGUGAAACGCUUAUCGACAACGGCGCGAAUAUAUACAUAAAGAACCAUCAAGGACUGUCGCCUUUCUUUAUUGCCCACGCUCACGCAGAUUACCCACUGAUGACACUUUUGCUCGAGCAUGCCCUCAGAUUGAGUGACCUUGACCCAUCGAUUCUGAAGUGCCGCAUACUGGAGUCUAUCAAAGAUCCAGACAAAGACCGCCAAUACUGCAAAGAGUCUCGAGAGCUCAUUGGCGAUGAGAUUGUCGACUCUCAACUAAUCCGCCAGGCUGCUGCAAAAGACGAAUGGGACUUUUUUAUGACCUGCGUCGGAGGACAGUUUGUGGGUAAAGAGGAGCUGCUCCGGGUAUUUCCCCGAAGGACAUGGUCGCAUGGAGUGGACAGCGUGGACAUUUUGAGAUUCCAAUCCGCCCGAAGAGACCGAGAGAUAGUUCGCUAUCUACAUGACGCCGGUCCUUCGGGCUGGUCCGCCACACAAAAGGUUUCUCAGAUUGGGGAACGAGAUCUACAGAGAGAGUGUUCAGAUUUGAGGGCUGGUCUAAAUACUACGCUUUGGCCAAAGAUGCAGAGGAAAUUCUGGCGAAUAGACGAAAGUGGCGAGACAGUGCCGAGGAAUUUGAACGAGAGGUUCAAGAAGAGAUAUAUGGAGUUUCAACCUCGGGAUCCAGCGGACGGCCAAAGAAAAUGGGGUUGGAGCUCAGAUGGUCUCUCUGACGACCCGAUAUCUUCUGAUGAAGAGUCUGAGUCUGAGCAGCAGAAGAAGCUGAAAAUACAGGACCAAGCGAGUGAUGUUGUGGACAUGGCUGACGAUGACCGGAAAGAGAACCACCAAACGGAUGUUGAUGAGCAGCAAGAGAAGGAUAGCAGGGCUUCCUUGCCCCAUUCGGCCAGGUCUUCUGAGGACUCUCUUGUUGUUGUAUUGCGCCCAUCCUUGAGUUAG